CUCAGCGUGGGUCGGCGAACUCCGGCCACAAGUUCUCAAAGUUCCUAGCAGGAAGAACAGAUGCGAGCCAGUGAGUCAGACUGAGCAGAACCAGCAAACCAGUCUCUCCAAAACAAAGGCAUUGGGAAAAGCAGAGACUUUGUGGAAUAUCUUCUGAGGAAUAUUUUGGUUUCUGUCCCAUUGUCCCGCCCCUAUUGGAUCUCUAUGUUUGUACUCAGGAUUUGUGGUCCAAAUCCUUCACACUCUCCUGAUCCGUCUUCCCUUCAUUCGAAAGAGUGUGUGCGUUUCCCUGAAACUUUGCAACCCAACAAACUGAGACAGACGUUUGCAGAAUUCCACUUGGACUAAAUUCAAAGCAAAGAGCAAGCCCAGUUCUGGAAUGAAUUUAACCGAGCCCAGUUUGUCUCGGGGGGCUCUGCUGCAUCCCGACCAGGUGUCACUCGUGAGCCCCCCGUGGGCCUCAAGGACCCCAAGUCCUGCUUCUGAUCUUGAAAUGGGUUUUGAGCACAACAUCUCUGGAGACUGCAGCUCUCCCAGUGACCACGGAGGCCCCAGGAGAACAGAGCCCAGAGGCCUUCCCACGGAAGGGGGCCAGAGUCCGGAUCUGGCAGGAGGCUCGGGCAAUGGGAAGGUUGCAGGGGGCGAGCAGAGGAUUCGUAGGCCCAUGAAUGCCUUCAUGGUGUGGGCCAAAGAUGAGAGGAAACGACUGGCCUUGCAGAACCCAGACCUGCACAACGCUGUGCUCAGCAAGAUGCUUGGCCAGUCAUGGAAGGCGUUGAAUCCUACAGAGAAGCGUCCAUUUGUGGAGGAAGCGGAGCGUCUGCGCCUUCAGCACCUGCAGGAUCACCCAAACUACAAGUACCGCCCUCGCCGCAAAAAGACCACCAAGAAACUAAAGCGUGUCGAACCGGUGCUCUUGCUUCACAGUUUAGCCCAGAGUCAUGGGAUGGGUCCUGGCAUCGUCCCCCUGGGUGGAGAAAGUGGUCCAGGAAGCUCUCCUUACGGAAAUUUGCCUCACCACCACCACCACACCCACCACUUGCUGCCCUCUCUGGGCCACUUCAGGGACCUUCAGGCACCGGGCCAUCAGGAUCUGGAGAGCUAUGGCCUCCCCACCCCAGAGAUGUCCCCUCUGGAUGUUCUGGAAAACGGGGCUGGUGAAUCAGUCUUCUUCCCCCAGCAUGCACAGGAGGACACAGGGAUGGGAGGCUGGAACAGCUACCAUCACCCUCACCACCAUAAUCCGCAUUACAGCCAUCACUAUGGCAACCACCACAACCCCAUGCAUGGUGCAGCCACACAGAACCCGAGUCCAGGAAUGAAUGUGGCUGUGAACACUUUGACUGCAGGUCGGAAUCCCAGAAUGUCCUCAGUAGAAUCAAACAUGGCUUCUAGCAUGAGCCCGGUUCUUUCCAACAGUUCUCGUAUGAACCCGGCGCAAACAUCAGGUCGCCAUAUUGCCUUGAGGAGUCCCAUGAAAUGCCCACCACCUCCCCAUGACUCAGUGUCUUAUCCCCAGUCCUCAAUCAGCCUCCAUGAGACGGUUAAACCUCACCAAGGCUCAGUUCCUCUCAGCUACUACGGCCAAAUGUAUGGCAGUGCAGCCUCCAAUUUCACCCCGACUCACUUGGGCCAGCUUUCACCUCCUCCUGAGACCACCACCCCUUCCUGCUCAUCUUUCCUCCACCCUGUGCGUAUAGCAGACCAAGCCAACACAGACUCAGCUGGUCAUUUGGGACCGUCCUCAUCUGCUGAAUUCUGGUCUGAGGUGGACAGGCAUGAAUUGGAACAGUACGUGAAUACUGCGGCGAGGAACCGAGAGGAGGCCUAUGGACAAGGCGGGGUCGGGUCCAAGGUCCUGGUCUGGUGUGGUAGCGGGGGUGUUAGCAGCUCUGACCGGGAUGGCAGCUGUGAAGAAGGAGUCAGCCCUCUUAUAUCUGUUCUUUCUGAUGCUAGCAGUGCUGUCUAUUACAGCGCCUGUAUCACGGGCUAACACAUUCAUUUGUGGAUGAACCUGAGUCUGGUUCGGAUUCAUCUUAACUGUCGAGGUGUUGUCUUGUGCUCACACAUUGAGUCAACUCUUUUACCCCUGUGGUCCCUAUUAUAAUAGGAACAUGAAAAAUGUGCCAGUUUAAAAAAGAUAACUGGUAAAGAAGUUACUCUCGUCAGGAAAUGUUUAAAAUUAGAAUGCAUUCCUUAGCUAAAAUAUGCUAGCUAUGUUUCUAGUUAACAACAAGGUGGUCCGGUUUUUGGGAUGUAUAUUUCAUUAAAUAUUUACUUUGGAAAAAGCAGAAUUUUUUUUGUUUUGUUUUGUUUUUGUUUUUGUCACUCAAUUUCUACUACAAUAUGCGGACUUACUAAUACAAAUGUGUUUGUAUAAAUUUAUCAUUUAGGUGCUGUGACAAUGCCGCAAUGAAGUGUACAACUAAUUAACUGGAAGACUUAAUCAUUAAACUGGAGGACAUUUAGCAAGGUCAAGUUAAAUACCUUGUGGUGAUGAGGUUUAGAUGAAUGGAAGGCGCUUAUUUAAUGGCCGCAUGAAGGCCAAACUCAGGAGAAAAGGCGGAUAAUGGGAGAACUCGAUCCAACCUCCAUGUGCGUGUUUCCGGGAAAGCCUUCGCCACAAAAGCCGGGGCGGACCACUGAGGUCUCCCACAAACUAUUCGGAAUUUUUACAAGAUGGCUUUAAGUUUGUUCCUGAGCGGGAUCGUGAUAUAUUCCUUAUUUCCUCACUUCAUGCCAACAUUUCGCUUGGCAAACAUGACCCUUGUGCGGAUUAGGAAGUCUUUCCUUUUAAUCAGUAGACGUUGCAAACAUGUCUCUUGUUUAGCUGUAUGUAACAAAAAAAGAUGGGGCUUUAGGCCUCACUCUGUAGAUCAUGGAAACCUUCGAAUUCCAAGAUCACAAUCAGCUCUGGGAUUAUUAUUUUUUUUUUUACUUUUUUCUUUUUGAGCACAGGCCAGAAUUGACCACAAUGUGAAAGUAGUACAACAAAGACAUGGAAGUACAGCUAAUACAAGGCCAGUGAUUAUUGCCAUGUUUUGUUCAUGGUCUGUAAACCACACUGUCCACAUUGGCCCUCGGUGCUCAUGCUAAUACAUGAUGUAAGAUCAGUAUACAAAGAAUGCAUCAUUAUAUCCCAGAAUGAGCUUCCUUUAUUUUGCUGUCUGGCUUCACAUCCCAUAAUACAAAGACGAAAAUGUGACAUCUAAAGCUCUCUCUUUUUAAAAUAGUUGGCUCGCUAGCACGUGUGACUUUUGGAACGCCUGAUUUGAUGUAGACUUUAACUGUGUAUUAUACUGUAUAUAGAUCUCAUGCGUGAUUCUGUGAAGGGGAAAUUGAAGUAUGAAAUGUUCUCUUUGCACUGGGUUUGUCUUUGCUGUAUAGAAUUUCAAAUCGAAAUGUCCUUGCUUUUAAAUGUGUUGUACAAAAAGGACUGUGAUAUUAAUUUCUAUUUUAAAUAAAGAGUUGAGGAUUUAUUUACUUUAUUUGCCUAGCUAUGCCUGUAAACUGUGAUGCUAUCAACUAAGCCGCGUGUCGGACAGUCACUAAAAGAUGAGACUUCCGCACACCAAACGUGCAUUCUAAAUCAUUUACAGGGUGUUCCCCAAAAAAAUAAAAAUUGACAUUAUUAGAAAUGUGAAUAUCUGAGUGACUACAUGUUCUAGGCAAACACAAUUAAAUGGGCUACUUGUUGAAAAAUUAUAUAUUUAUUGAGUUGGAAGUCCAAUGAAAUAAUGAAGUCCACUGCCUCUGUUUUUAUACAGACUCGUCAUGUUGAGGACAGCACUGCAAAUUCGAAUUUGCUAAUGUGUAUAAUCUAAACAUGUAAAAUGAAUCAUUUGCUGUGUAAAAUGUCUUGUUGCCCCCAGGUGUGUUGACUCUCAACUGAUUUAUAGCAGAAUUCUGUUCAUUUAGAGCAAUUUGAUCUGUAUGAAAAUGUCAUGCUCUUCCUCUGAGAUGUGAAAUGCAUCUAUGUGUAAUGUUUUUUGUUCUAUGAAUGUGACUCUAAUCGAGAAUGGCCCGGCAAAUCUGUUACAAGUUCUACUUUGCUCAGCGCUAGAAGAGGUUCUCUUCCAGCCAGAUAAGCCGUUUACUGGAGAGUUUAACGCGAAUAUGUGGUUUUGUCUGUGCUGGGAAAAAUGACAAAUCAACCCUAUUUUGUAGAUGUUUAUACAACAUGUAGUUUUGUUGUGAGCAAGAUCUUGAUUUUGAUCUUCCCCUACAUCUGUUGUGCAUUACAGCCACACACAAUACAUUUUUCUACAUGACACAUUAGAAGUAUAUCAAGUAUGUUGUACAAUAUUUACCACACUGUUCCUUGUGGCCGAAUUCAUCGUUCCAAGUGAGUCCUUGGAGGGUUGAAGUUCACUUGGAGAAGCAACAUUAUGAAAAAGUCCUUCUUCUUCUUCUUCUUCUUCUUUUUCUUCUUCUACUUCUUCUUCUCCUUUGCCAGCAUUUUGUUCCCACUUUAAUUAGCUGUGACACACAAAGAACAUCAGAGGGGUAUUUCUUUGGAGUCAUGCAAUAACUCUGAGGCUUUUGGUUAUAAUUAUGUGCAGUGGGGUUGGGGUGGCGGGACAAAAAGGACAUAACAUUUGAGGAUUGAUACAAAGGACAUUUUCUCAAGGAGCACAAAUGAAUUAUGAGCAGGAUUUUCCCCACUGAUUCCCAAUCUGUUUGGCAGGGACAUUUUGUAGACGUAGUUUCUUUUAUUUGUCCAUUGUGUUUUCUUUUUGGAAUAUUUGGGUGGUCUGUUGACGCUUCUGUACUAUUUUA